CAUCUGGAAAGGGGAGUCGUUCGAAGCGAAGCGAGGCUUCGACCCCUGCACUGCUGAACAAUGAACAUCGGUUGGGGUCGAAGGUUACACGAGCUACCCUGUCGAGGCCAUUCUUGCCUCAGACGCCGACUACAAACGCGAACACACACACACACACGCCCACACCUCCUCAUUAACAUCCUUGGGUGCUGCUUCAGCAACGGGGAAUUCGCCGCCGGACCUGACCGGCCCUGACAAUGGCAAUGCCAUCAGAACGCGACGACGGCCUCGCCGCCCUGCUUGCUGACCUGGAGUAUGCCGCAAAGACACCCGCCAAGCUGCGCGUCUCGAAGAUCUCGCAUCUCGUAGACAAGGUUGGCCAUAAAGCCUACGAGGAGGGCUUGACAAACGCGUCGCUGAGUAGGCUUGUCGACAUCGUCACGCUGCCCAACGAGCUCGACCAAGCCAGCCUCGGAGGCCUGGUUCGGAACCUGUAUCCUGCCAGCAAAGUUCCUGAUGCCAUCGUGAUCAAGAUUGCUGGUGGCCUGGGCCAUGGGCGAUCUAAGCCAUCAUACUCUGUUCAAGGUGCAUUGUUGAAAUGGCUGGUGAUGGUGUACGACGUCCUUGAAAACAAGAGAAUAUUGUCACAACUCUACAGCAUUCUCUUCAAUCACCUCGACACAGUUGCGAUUAGAUCACAGCUGUGUCACGUGCUGUCUCUUGUUACUAGAAGAAAGCAUGUACGGCCUUUCCGGAUCCAGAUGCUGAUGGAGCUAACCCGUCAAGCUGGGAACGAACCUCCCCUUGUUGGACUCAUGAGAGUAUACAAGGACUUCUUCCCAGAUAUUAUUGUUGGCGAUGUGACUUCAGGAAGAGCUUCAGUGUUUACGCAUCCGGAUCCGGAGUGGAGACAAAGGCUUGGAGAAAUCCAGGAGUACCAUUUUCAAAAGACACAAGAUCGUCUACCGCCUGAGAAACGAACUUUCAGCGUCACUCGAAAGGGGGUCGAUGGUUCCAAGAGAAAGUAUUCGCCAAUCAUCCCAGAGGUCCACACCUCACGCGCCCUGGAGUCGUCAAUAACACUAGAAGAGAUCGAGGAUGUACAUGAAUUCGUUCGAAAACUGGAGAAAAUUGAACUACCCAAUCAGCUGGUUGCAGUCAUCAAUGACCCACUUCUCCAAAAAUUCCUUCUGUUGAUGUCCUCUGAUACCAACUCAAAGCGCAUAGAUAGCUGGCUGCUUGCGUUCUUUGAAGAUCAGUUGGAAGAUUCAACUUCUUCUGAUAGUGAGAUUUUUGAAAUGCUCGAAGCAGUACUGGGAUAUACGCGGUACAAUAAGACAUUGCCAUCCGCAUGCCUGACGUAUCUCAAAUCUAUGAUCCAUUCCUGGAAUGGUGUGAAGGAUCGAGACGUUGUCCUCGACCUUCUUACUUACACCCCUCUAGGCUCAUUUGAAGGCCUUCAUUCCUCCAUCUUUCAACCUCUUGAGGAGGCUGUCCUAGAUGACGGCAGCACUGAGUCCAAAGUCGCGCUCCUCGAGUUUUACAGGAAUUUGCUCGAUCAAUGGACGGUCACUCUUCUGUCACAGCAUCAGCCAUCAAGCGAUGCAUCAUCUGCAGUUACAUCUUUGAUAACUCACGCCAACAGCCUGGCACUCACCAUGGUCCAAACGUGCCUGAAUGUCAACACCCUCUCCAAAAUCUUAGCAUUCUACGAAGCCAACGCUUCUCUCAUCUCUCUACCGUCGCUAAGAUCAACAAUCCGAGUCACUAUUCCGCCCACCGAAUUGAUCUACACGCUUCAAUUCACGGACUCUCUCAGCACCAUCAGCAGGCUCUGUGCCAUCCUCGCGCUCUACAAGCGGGCCUUUGAGAUUGCCAUGUCCCCCAAACCAAUUGAAUCCUUGGCAUUGAACCAGCAAUCAUACUCAAAAGAAUACGUCAACCAUUUCAAUGGCUUUCUCAUGGAUGUUUGCAACUGUCUUUGGAGAUCCCGUGCCUUCAACAGCUCGGACCCAAACGCCCUCGCUUGUUUGAUGGCCCCAGCUGUCACCCAGAUCUUGAGCAAGUAUGUUGCGAGUAUCGACACAUCGAUGUCCCUGGCGACGCUGUUUAGCUUUUCCUUCUCGCCUGUUUUCUGCCUUCUAGCCAUUUCCUACGUGAGAGAGCUUGAGGAUAGGGCUGAAGAUGAGAUUGAUCUUCGCCAUCCUGGACCUCCCACUUCUAAGUCGUUGCUGCAGCUUGAGAAAGAUGGUGGCUUGAGGUUGCCGUGGCCGGAUUACAAGCUUGGCGUGUUGCAUUACAUGGAAAAUAAAGGGGUUAAGGGAGUUGGGGAACUAAUGUACAAUACCAUGAAGCAUUUGAUGACCGCGAGGGAGAACAAGGCAUAGAUUUGAACGAGGCGUUCUGGUAGGAGGUGACGUCUAUCUUAUGAGACAUGGAACAUGAGCGAGGAGUGAGAUACCCCAUACUUCUCGAAACAAAGACUCUUGAUACCCAAUUCGCAUUAGUGAUUAGGGGAAUUUCGUAGUUUUCCCAUGCUGUGACAUCUAUCACACCCAUCCCGACCGACGCCCUAGACUCCAAAUGCACCUGUGCUCUCGCAAUUAAGUGUAAUGACUCUGUCUUCUAUUCGUAC